GUUAAGUUUUGCUGUUGGGCGGAGGGAGAACUGAGCUUGUGGGACUCGGCGGAACCUGCCUGGUCAGCUUGAUACUCAUGGACGUUGGAUGGACCAGAGGCAGGGAUGGUCGGCUAUGAUGCCAAAGCAGAUACCAGGAGUAACUCCAAGCUGGAGGUGGCGGUGGCAGGAUCGGUGUCUGGAUUCGUCACUCGUGCCCUGAUCAGCCCUUUGGAUGUCAUCAAGAUCCGCUUCCAGCUUCAGAUUGAACGCCUGUGUCCAAGUGACCCCAACGCCAAAUACCACGGGAUCUUCCAGGCGGUCAAGCAGAUUCUGCAGGAGGAGGGCCUUGCGGCGUUCUGGAAAGGACAUGUUCCUGCCCAGAUUCUGUCUGUAGCCUACGGAGCAGUCCAAUUUCUAUCAUUUGAGGAGCUGACUGAACUGCUCUACAGAAUCAACCUGUAUGAAACGCAUGAGUUCUCCGCACACUUCAUAUGCGGCGGCCUGUCUGCCGGCGCAGCCACCCUCGCCGUGCACCCCGUGGAUGUCCUGCGCACCCGCCUCGCAGCUCAGGGGGAGCCCAAGAUCUACAACACCCUCCGAGAGGCCGUGUCGACCAUGUACAGGACUGAGGGCCCCUGGGUCUUCUACAAAGGCUUGGCUCCCACCGUGAUCGCCAUCUUCCCCUAUGCGGGCCUGCAGUUCUCCUGCUACCGAUCCUUGAAGCAUGCCUACGACUGGGUCAUUCCGCCAGAUGGAAAGCAAACAGGGAACCUUAAAAACCUGCUUUGUGGCUGUGGAUCUGGAGUCAUCAGCAAGACCCUUACGUACCCCCUGGACCUCUUCAAGAAGCGACUGCAGGUGGGAGGCUUCGAGCAUGCGCGAUCUGCCUUUGGCCAGGUGCGGAGCUACAGGGGCCUCCUGCAUCUCACCAAGCAGGUGCUACAAGAUGAAGGCACCCAGGGCCUCUUCAAGGGCCUGUCCCCCAGCCUGCUGAAGGCUGCCCUGUCCACGGGCUUCAUGUUCUUCUGGUAUGAGCUCUUCUGUAACCUCUUCCACUGCAUACGGAGAGAAGACAGAUAGCUGCGAGAGCCGAGCGGGAGGCGCCUCCCCCAAGACUUGUUCUGAGCUCAUUCUCUACGAUGGCUGCUGCCUGCUUGGCCUCCCAGGCUGGCUGCCCUGCGCAGGAAAAGUCACCCACAGCGGAUGGCAGAAGGGCGGGACCUUUUCCGGAAAGAGCAGAGAAGGGAGCCCCGUGGGCUGUAGAAGCAAGGCCCCGAGAAGGAGCCUGGCAUUGAUCCUAUGUCCAGCCCUAAGGGAAUUGGGCAUCCUCUGCUUUGUAGUCCUGUUUUGGGGGAAAAUCUCCCAGUCCUGGUAAGAGCGAGGCUUGAGUACAGAGGGAUAGGACUGGGCUCUUUGUAGACGUCUAAGCCCCACAGCUUGGUCUGUUUCUCCUACCAACUUAUUUAAUAGACAUUAAAGCAAAAC